AUUAAUUUUGCUUUUGAAGCUGGUAAAGAGGUUAGGACUGUUCUUCCAGAUAUUAGCAAGGCAUUCGAUAGAGUUUGGCACGCCGGAUUACUUAAGCAACUGGAAGCACUGGCAUUACGUAAUCCUCUCUUGCAGUGGUUUAAAAGUUAUCUUGAAAAUAGAUUGCAACGUGUAGUUAUUGAAGGGCAGACGUCAGAUUGGGAAAGGAUCAGUUCCGGAGUACCAAAGGGUUCAGUUUUGGGAUCACUUUUGUUUUAG